AUGGGAGUGUCAACUCCAUCAUCCUCUAUAUAUUCUGCAGGUCACGAUCUCAAUCCUGAAUAUUAUUAUUUUAAACCAGAAAUUGAGAAUAAUGGUAGAUUGGUGAAAGGCCUCUGUAAGUGCAUUGAGACGCUUAAUGAAAGUUAUGCAGUGGAAGAUUUGAUUUCAGAACAAUUGUCACAAUACAGGGGUGAUACGGGUCUCUUUGGUAUAAGAGCGGCAAUUAGACAAAGGUCGACAUUAGCUCCGGCUAAGUGGUGGAAGUCUUAUGGAGCCGAAACUCUGAAGUUGCAAUUGUUGGCUGUUAAAGUGUUGAGUUUGAGUUGCAGUGCUUCCGGAUGUGAGCGUAACUGGAGCAUCUUUCAACAUAUUCAUUCCAAGAAGAGAAAUAAAUUGGAACAUCAAAGAUUGCAAGACUUGGUGUUUAUCAAGUAUAAUCAAGCUUUGGUAGAGAGGUUUGAAAUUCAGGAUAAAAUUGAUCUUAUGAAAUUUAAUGAAAUUAAUUUUCACACCGAAUGGUUGAUGGGAGAGAUGGAAAAUGUAGGAGAUGAUGGUGAAGACUUGAUUCAUCCAAAUCAUGAUUUAAAUUGGAGUCAAGUUGUCGAUGCUAGUGGAGCUAAUGAGUCUAUAAUCUACAUUAGGAGGACAACAAGGCAACUUGAAGUUGGAAGUACUUCUCAAGCAACAACGGCACCCAUAACAACAAUUUCACCAAGAGCAACAAUGACACCUAGAGCACCAAUGGCACAACAAGUGGUGGAAGAUGUUGAAGAAGUUGAAGAUGAAGAAUUGAAGGAAGAAGUUGAAGAAGUUGAAGAUGAAGAUUGGAGGAAUAUGUUGAAGAAGUUGAAGAUGAAGAAUUGGACGAAUAUUUGGAUGAUGCUACAUGAUUUCUAUGUUUGCUUGAAUUUUCAUAUGAUAGUACUAAGUUUGAAUUUGAAUCUUUAUGUUUUGAAUCUUGAUUAA